UGAAAACUUCAUACCAUCGAUCACUCACAGUUAAUAAUAUAUAAACUAUAAUAUUAUUUCCAUAGCAACAAUUUGCAUCGUGAAUUCGUGUGCGUUUAUUGAAAUAUUUAACUAUUUUGUGCACACAUCAAAUACUCAAUUACAAAAAUCCAGUUGACAAGUAUGACUGAACAGGUGGAUGUUAAACGAAAAACGUACCAUUGGAAAAAUCAGAUCCAGUCCUAUGAUAAAUUGGUUCGUGAUGAAGAAAGUAAAUUAAAUGUAAACCAAGGAAUAAAAUUAGGAUGGGUCGAAGGUGUGCUGAACCCAUGUUUACUCAGUAUUUGGGGUGUUAUGCUUUUCUUGCGGAUGCCUUGGAUUGUUGGACAAGCUGGCAUAUUUGAUUCAAUUUUGAUUAUUUUCAUAUCACUUAUAAUAAUAAUUAUCACUACAUUUUCAUUGUCAGCCAUCAGUACUAAUGGACGAGUUAAAGGAGGGGGCUUAUAUUUUAUUAUUUCCAGAUCGAUUGGGCCGGAAUUCGGUGCGUCUAUUGGAAUCCUAUUGGCAUUAGCCAAUACCAUUUUAGUAGCGUUGAACACAAUCGGAUUUUGUUUAUCAUUAAAAUCCCUAUUGCAUACGUUUAAUAUACAUGCAAUGGAUUCCAAUUUUGUAUUUAUACUAACGGGGUUUAUAGCGAUACUUAUUAUGGGAAUAUUGUGUUGUGUAGGCAUGGACGAUGAAGCUAAAAUUCAAAAUAUAUUGCUAAUUUUUAUUGUUGGAGCAAUUUUUGACGUCUUAAUCGGAUCAUUUUUAGGACCAACUACCGAUGUUGCAAUAGCUUCAGGCUUCACUGGACUAAGCAUGAAGACAUUCAAAGAAAAUUGGUAUUCAGAUUAUACGACCGAUCAAUCAUUUUUUACAAUUUUUGCCGUUUUUUUCCCGUCUGUAACAGGUAUACAAGCUGGAGCAAAUAUAUCUGGAGAUCUUAAGGAUCCAAGUGCUUCAAUACCGAAGGGAACUCUAUUAUCGAUUCUCAUCACCAUUACUUCAUAUAUUGUUUUAGUAUUGGUACCCGGAGCGGUUCAAUUAAGAGAUGCAAGUGGUAAUCCAAACGAAUUACUUAAUGGAUUUUAUUUAAAUUGUUCAUUUAGAAAUUGUACUCAAGGAUUACACAAUAACGAAAAUGUAAUGCAGACGAUAUCUUUAUGGUCGUAUCUUAUAUACCUUGGUUGUUUUGCAGCUACCUUAAGCACUGCUUUAACCGCCUUAAUUGCUGUUCCUAAAAUAUUACAAAGGAUGGGUCAAGAUGAUAUUUAUCCAUUUCUUAAAUACUUAUCAAAAGGUUAUGGAAAAUCAAAUGAACCUUAUCGAGCUCACGUCCUAGCUAUUGUAAUUUCGUCAAUAUUUCUUUUAAUUGGUGAACUGAAUGAGAUCGCAUCAUUCAUCUCAACGAUUUAUUUGUGUGCAUACGCUUUGUUAAAUUUAUGUACAUUUCAUGUAGCACAUUUUCAACCAUUAGGUUGGAGGCCAUCAUACGAAUUUUAUAACAAAUGGUUAAGUCUUGCUGGAGCUAUUAUUUGUUUUUUGGUAAUGAUCCUUAUUGACAAACAAAUGUCAGUAAUUGUUGGAUGUAUUAUAUGGAUUUUAUAUAUAAUUGCAGCUGAAAAGAAAGAUGAUAUAAAUUGGGGAUCCUCAAAACAAAUACAACAAAUCAAAACCGUUAUAAAUAAUGUGUACAUGGCUGACACCAUUCAACAGCAUGUCAAAAACUAUGUACCUAAUAUUAUGGUACUUUCUGGUGAACCUGAAUCAAGAAAAGAACUGGUCUAUUUAGCUCAUAUAAUAACUAAAAAUAAUGGUUUACAAACGUGUAUUAAUAUAAUAAAGAAUCCAUUAAUACAGAAACAAAAAAAAGAAUUACUAGAAAAAGGAGCAAAUUGGUUAAAUCAAACUGGAAUCAAAUCUUUGUAUAAUGUACUUGAUAAUAUCGAUUUGGAUAUUGGUGUUCAUAUAAUAAAUAGUUGUGGUCAUGGCAUUCUUAAACCUAAUAUUAUUGUAAUUGGUUAUAAGCAUGGCUGGUUUAAGUGCACGGAUGAUGAUAUUCAAACAUAUUUAAAUAUAUUAAAUUUAUCAAAUAUGGAUGGAAUUGCAACUAUAAUUGUUCGGCUACCGAAGACAGACACAAUCAUUGAAAGCGAAGAUAACAAUUUAACUAAUAACAAACAAAUACGGUUUUACGAAGAUGAAAACGUAAACAGUAAAGCAUUAAUUAACAAAGAAGAAAAAUAUCAAGCUAAGGAAUUUGAUUGUUCUGUAAAAAUGCACGAUACUGAAUUUUCGUUUGUUACAAAACGAAAUAAUGGGACAGUGGAUGUAUGGUGGUUGUUCGACGAUGGUGGUUUGGCAUUGAUUAUUGCACACAUAUUUAAAUCAUGUGAUACCUGGAAAAAAUGCAAGUUUCGAAUAUUCGGUGUUACGGAUCAAUUGAACAACGUAGACACGGAGAAAAAUAAAUUAAAACAGCUACUAUCAAUGUAUCGGAUUCAAUUUGAUUUUGUAGACGUUGUAUUAGCAAAAGAAACUAGCCUUAAAACUAUGGGCAAUUUCACAACUCUAUGGAAUCAACAAUUUAUUAAUCAAAAAAGCCAACAACAGGAUAAUGAAAAAUACAACGAACAAUCUGUGAUUGAUACAUUAUACGUAAAAGAUUUAUUGGAAACCUAUUCAAUGCAAUCGAAUUUGAUCAUUUUAUCAUCGUCCAAAACUACUGAAAAAUUAGAUCAAAUACACAUGUAUUGGAUGGAAGUGAUAACUAGAGAAUUACCACCUUGUAUUAUAAUUCACGGAAAUACUAUUCAAACUGUUACAGCUAGUGCUUAA